CAUCAUUCAUCGGGAGGCAGGGAUGCUGUUCCAGUGAAACUGUCGCGUGUUAAUGGACUAAGGGCCUUAGCUUGACGUUCAUCGACAUUUUGUUCCUGACAGUGCGUGGUGUAUGAACAUAGAGACAGAUAUGUUCUAACUUUGUUUCUUUUAUAUGGAAUACCAGUCAUGUACAACAGAGGCUUCAGUGUGGCGUGGAUUAACCCAGCUUUUGUGUACAUAGACAAUAGCCAGGAGAUAUAGGAUCUGAUUACAGUGUUGAUGUGAUACCAUCAGAGAAACUUGCUAGCUUGUUUUAUUCUCAAAUAAACAUUGGGGUUCAAUUAAGUCUAAAGGCUUGCUGAUAUACCUGAACAAUAUUUAAAGUUGAAAUGGAAUCGGAUCAAGAAAUGUCCAAUUCUGCCUCUGCUUCGACAGACAUUGUCUUGAAUUCCAUCGAACACAAGAGCGCGGAAAGGGCCAUUUGGAUCAAAUGUUUUCUGAACGGAAACCCUUACUUCCCUGGCGAGAGGGUGCUCUACAGCCAGAGGAGGUUUAAGACGGAGGAUGCUUUCCUGGACGAAAUCACCAGAAAGUUGCACAGCGAGAAGAGUGUCCGUGCACUCAGCACUCCCAAAAGAGGAACUCGAAUUCACAGUUUAUUUGAUUUAGAGGAUGGUCAACAAUAUGUGGCGCUCACUAACGACACAUUCAAGAGACUAUCAUACACAGAUAUAGAAACGACGCCACGGAGAAGGCCGCCCGUCAACUACUUAGAUAUUCCAAAGAAAAACAGCAAGUUUCGGGAUGUUUCGGGAAAGAUCCACAAAACCCCCACACAAGCUGUCAAUAUCAAAGUAUGGGCAAACAAGAAGGUAUUUAACAGGCCCCGAGUUGUCACCAUUGGACAGAAAUCCCUAGGCGACAUGGGCAAAGUCCUUGAAUGUAUCAAUGACAUGAAGUGCAUCAAAGAAGAACUGGGCGGGUGUUGUGUUAGGUUGCACUCUAGAGGUGGGACACAUAUCAACGACCCCAAGCUCCUGCAUCAAGAUGAGGGCUAUGUAGCAGUGCGGCAACAUGAUCGGUUUUGUAUGGGCCACUACACUGACGCAACAGCGCGCAACUUUAGGACGUCCCCCAAAAUAGAGAAAUUGCCUCCCUUGAACAUCAGCCGUGGCUCGAAGAACGGCAAACAGUGGUCACCUGACCACUCUCACUCCUCCUACCCCACCUCGGAGAACAGCUACAGUCAUCGAUACAAGAAGCACCAAAACAAUCGUCAGCAACGUGAGCAUCGGGAGGAGGACAAUGUGUUCCCACGGAAACCAGUCACACACAAACGUGCCGCAGAUCGGAAGAAAGGGCGGGAAGUGGAUUAUGAUAAAGAUGAUGGUGGUGUAUUCAAAGCAAAACAAACUAACCGCCAAACUUACGGGGCACGGGAGGUUGGAGAGACCCGGGAUACACGGGUCGACCUCCCUAUCGACCAGGUCCCUGCAGAAGAGGUCAAGGAAGAGGAGACCAGCUCGCAUCCCCCCAACGAUGACCACACCGCCCCUGUCCCUAGCGGUGUUGAACUUACAAAACUCCCAUCAGAUCAAAUCACGGAAGAGGAUGGAGAACAAGAGGAUGAGCGUAUCCGAGGAAAGCCAAACAGUCACAACAACCAUAAUAAUAACAACCGGACUCCACCCAAACACACCAGCAAGGACUACAGUAGAAUGAAUGGCUAUGAUGAUGAUGAGAGGCUUUCCUCUCCCCAGAGACACAGCACCCCCCCAGGAUACGACACCCCGCGCCGUAGCCCCACCCCACGGCAGCAGUCCCGGGAUCACUUCUCCCCAGUCCGAUCCCCUGAUGGCGUGGGAGAUAGUCGAGAAGAAGAAGAGGCUGCCCUGAAGAUCCAGUCCCAUUUCCGCGGACACCAAGUCCGGAAAGAACUGAACAAGGAUGAAGAUUACAAGGAUGAAGAUUACAAGGAUCCGGAUCCUCGUGAUGAUUCGGAUGAUCGCAGGGAUCAGGAUUCUCAUCGCGAUGACUUGGAUUUGUUGCAGCAUGAGAGAGAGGCUGCAGCAACGAAGAUCCAGGCCCACUACCGCGGAUACCAAACACGUAAAAAUAAAUACGAGAGGAAAGUUAAUAGUGUUAUGUCUGCAGGAAGGAAGUCAGUAGCGAGCCAGUCGUCCCAGAGACGGAAUUCCGACCAUGGGCGGCAAGUAGCUGCCGCCACAACCAUUCAGGCUGGAUACCGGGGAUACAGAGACCGGAAGAUGUUGAAGGGAACUCGAUAAUAUUGUUGAUUUAGAGAGGGACAGAAAUAGACACGUGUUGAUGACAGGGCAAGCUUCCCAGUCGAAACGAGAGGGGAUUCCCAGUCAACAAGUCCCAUAUGUUAUAUUUUUAACAAUGUGUCAAGUUUGUGCAAAUCUGUAAUUAUUCAUUGUACAUCCAAGUUUUGCCUCAUUUUAAAAAGAAAUGAAACUUUUGUUAUUAAGCUAAAUUUGAAAUGAUUACCUGUAUUUAACCAGAUGUUAUAGCCUCCGUUCUGUAUUAAGUUGAAUGUUGUUGAUUGUUUUUGACAUUUCUUAAAUCAAAAAGCAAAGGCAUUUCUUUAACUGGUAUUGUGUUUUUAACUGACACAUUUUAUUUAAGGCUUAGUUUUUUUGUGUUUUUUUCUCUUUUGUUGAUAAAAAAAAAAUUUGAAUAGGAAGUAAAGCCAUUGAUUUUGUUUAUGAAUUAUUUUGAUGUUAUUUGAUGAUGAUAAAAGUACUUAUGGGUUUGAGUAAGCUGUAUAAUAACAUGUUUAUCAUUCAGUCAGAUGUGUAUAAAAGUUGUCAUAUAUUUGUCUAUUGUACUCGACCAACUGUGAUACCAAUAUUUACAAACUGUUAUGCAUACAUAGCUUUGCACAUCUGCACUGUGAUUGGUUGAAACUAUUUUAUUUGAUCUGUAAACAUUAAUUGUUCUGCAGUGAGUCACAUAAUCCUACCGUCCUCUAUUUACUUGAAAAAUGCUCACAACCCAUAGGCCUUAUGUAUGGUUUACAUCAUAUAACAUGUAUUCUACGAAUAUUGUGAUUUUAUAUGCAGAUAUGGUCAGAUAUUUUCAAUUUGGAAAAAUAAACCUAGCCGAUUUAUGUGAACCUGCUACAACGUAUGUCGCGCCAUGAGCAUUAACUCGGUGGAAUCUGGCGCAUUUUAAAUAGGCUUAUUAUUAAAAAAUACAUGAAGUUUCUUAUUGUUUCCUGAAACACGUAAUAUGUGAUUUCAAGAACUAUUCAAAGGGCCUCGUCAGCAAAUUUGUGGUUAACGAAAUUAGGCAUUUAUCACGAUUAUUUUUUUGUUAAUCUCAGGAAAUCAAUCCAGACAUAUGUAUUUUUAUUAAUUAUAACAAUUUUGUAAAAAUAUGUGAACUGGAAAGUUUUAUGCCGUAGUUUGAAACAUUUAAAUCUCAAACUAAUGACACAUGGCCCAUCCAAGCUUUUGUUUGUCGUGAUAAUCUAAUGUGACAUGAUAGUUUUGUCGUUGUUAAGUUCAGUUGUCAAGUAGUACAUAGUUUGUACAUAUGGCUUAGUAUUAAUUUCUCUUGUGGCUGUUUUACUUUUUCCAGAAGAACUUGAAGUCAUUAUGUGUCAUAGAUGAUAAACAGUGAAUCUUGUCAUAAAAACUAGAAUUGUUUCGAAACGUAACCAGGGUAUAUCGAUGUACCUAAUGAAAGGUUUAUUUGAUUUGUCAAUAUUAAUUUUGUACAAAUCGACCCACCUAGACCUUCUCUCAAUACAUUCCAAAACAGCAGCCACAAGUACAUGUACACCUAAUUUGCAAAAUAUGCUGGUUCAGCAAGUUGUAUAUAUGGCCGAUAUACAUGUGGUCCGCUGAAUUAUGCUGUGUUUUAUUGUCUGUGAUACUUUUACUUUUAUUUCAGUAUUUAUUUGUGGUUGUACAAGCAUCUAUAUAUUGUUUUGUUUCUGUUCAUACCAAUUAUCAAAUGAAAAGUAUUACACUAUCAUAUCCGUCCAUUUCCCAGCUUUCCGUCCAAAUCAAGACUUUUCCUGCCAAAUAUGUAUAUGCAAUCUGUAAACCUGCAAAAAAUCAGUCAAGGUUACUAUGAUGCACCAACAAAUGUUUCCAAUCUGGACUUAAAUGUUUUGAACCAACUGAUUCGUAGCCAAAAACUGUCUUGUCUUUUCAGUCAAAAUCACCAGCAUUUAUGGCAGCAGAACACUGUUUCUAUUUCAACUUGGUUUUCAAUACUUUUGACCUUUUUUUUAGAAAGAAAUUUGUGUAAUGACCUGCUAUGAGUAUCCUGGCAAGGAUAUCUAUCUUGUAAACGUUUCCUGUGACCUAAAAUAAGAUCUAAAUUCUGUCUGGUUCUGCUCUUAAGUUGAUGUAUGUUUGAGUCUGUCUUGUGUUUGUUAACUAACCUGGUGUUUGGGACAUACUAACGUGACAAAGUAGCUAUGUUGACUAUGUAGUACACAGUGUACAGGUGUAAUUGCUCUGCCUAACACAUGAUGUAUUUCCACUAAUGUCUACAGUGUGUAGAUCACUGUUAAACACUUGUGUUGCACACCUCAGUAAUGUAGGGUCCAUUAAUGUAAAACUUGGGUCCCUGUGCAAAACAUUUUGAUAGCCAAUAAAUUGUCUUCACAAAAA